AUGAGAACCCACGUGAAAGUGGUGUUUGCUGCCUCGCGGGUGAGCGUUCACAAUGGCUGGCACUCGGGCGCCCUGCAACUGCGCCUGGAGUUCCCCGCCGAGCAACAGCUGCGCGUCGCGUGGCUGCGCAGCGCCGAGCUGUGGCUCCACGUGCACGCCGCGGACGGGGGCCCGCGGCUUCCCGACGGCGCGGCGGUGGCCGCCCUGCUGCGCGUCAGGGUCCUCUCGGCCGGCGCCCCCGCCGUCGAGGUGCAGCGGCGCGUCCAGGUCACCGCCGAGGACGCGUGGGUCGCCGUGCCGCUACUCGACGCCAUGCGCGCCGCCCUGCAGAGGGCGGACGGGGCGCUCGCCGUCAGCGUGGAGUGCGACGGCUGCGUCGUGCUGUCGGGUCGGGCCGCGAAAGGUCAAGGCGAGGCCGCCGCCGUCGCCUCCGCCCCUGCUGCUGUUGAUAGCGGCGGCGGUGGCGAGAAGAACGUGGACUUGGCGGAAUUCGGACCGCACGGGUGGCCCUUCCUCCUGCUGCGCAUGGCGUCGUCUCAGGGCGGGAGCCGCACGCGCAGGAGAAGUGUGGAGUGCGACGGCUCGUCCAGCCUGUGCUGCCUCCAGCGCUUCUACGUGGAGUUUCGGAAGAUCAACUGGGGCGACUGGAUCAUCCAGCCGGCGGGUUUCCAGAGCAACUACUGCCAGGGCGAGUGCAGGGCGGCGCAGGUCCUGAACGGCACCAUCUCGGCCUCCUCCCUGCGCAGCGUGAUCAUCAACCAGUACAACCUGCGCGGCCUGGGGUCCGUGGCCGCUAAGACCACCUGCUGCGUGCCCGUCCGCUUCAGCUCGGUGUCCAUGCUCUACUACGACGAUAAGAACAACAUCAUGAAGAAGGACGUGCCAGACAUGGUGGCGGAGGAGUGCGGCUGCAUCUGA